AUGACACCAACCUUCUUUCAAGCAACAGGGGAAGACCCUGAAACAAGAAGAAUGAGAACUGUGAAGAAUAUAGCAGACCUGAGACAGAAUUUGGAAGAAACUAUGUCCAGCCUUAGAGGGACCCAAAUAAGUCACAGCACAUUGGAGACAACUUUUGACAGCACUGUGACAACUGAGGUGAAUGGGAGAAGCAUACCAAGCCUGACAAGCCGGUCCACCCCGGUGACUUGGAGGCUAGGGCAGGCCAGUCCUCGGCUGCAGGCAGGAGAUGCCCCAUCCUUGGGCGCUGGUUAUCCUCGCAGCAGUGCAAGUCGCUUCAUACACACAGACCCUUCCCGAUUCAUGUACACCACCCCGCUUCGCCGAGCAGCUGUUUCUCGCCUUGGAAAUAUCUCACAGAUCGACAUGAGCGAGAAGGGAAGUGGUGAUUUGGACAUGGCUUCUGAAGUUGACGUUGGUGGCUACAUGAGCGAUGGGGACAUUCUUGGGAAAAGCCUUCGAAGUGACGACAUCAAUAGUGGGUACAUGACAGAUGGAGGACUCAACCUAUAUACAAGAAGUCUGAACCGAAUACCAGACCUAGCUGCCUCUCGAGACGUCAUUCAGAGAGGGGUUCAUGACGUGACUGUGGAUGCAGACAGCUGGGAUGACAGCAGCUCAGUUAGUAGCGGCCUCAGUGACACUCUUGACAACCUCAGCACGGAUGAUUUGAACACCACCUCAUCUGUCAGCUCUUAUUCCAAUAUAACUGCCUCUUCAAGGAAGAACACUCACACCCAGACGGACUCUGAGAAGCGCUCGGUUACAGACAGCGAAACUUGGGGCAGCACUGAAGAACUGAAGAAACCAGAGGAAGACUUUGACAGCAGCGUAGACAGCAGCGGCAAGUGGAAAGGCCUUCCCUCAGGGCUGUCUGAAGAGUCAGAGAAGGGGGGGCAGAAAACCCCUCUCUCUGUUUCACAGACUGGAUCCUGGAGGAGAGGCAUGACGGCACAAGUAGGAACAACUCAGCCCCGGCACAAAGCAGGAACAAGUGCGCUCAAGACCCCGGGAAAAACAGAUGAUGCAAAAGCUUCAGAAAAAGUAAAAACUCCCCUGAAAGGAGCCUCCAUUCAGCGCUCUCCAUCGGAUGCAGGAAAAAGCAGUGGUGAUGAAGGAAAAAAGCCUCCCUCUGGCAUUGGGAGAUCAACUGCUACAGGGUCCUUUGGAUUCAAGAAGUCUGGCAUGGGAUCUUCUACCAUAAUCACCGCAAGUGGAGCAACUAUCACAAGUGGGUCAGCGACUCUAGGAAAAAUGCCAAAAUCUUCAGCCAUCAGCGGGAAGUCCAAUGCAGGGCGGAAGACGAGCUUAGACGGUUCCCAGAAUCAGGAUGACGGCGUCCUGCACGUGAACUCGAAGACGACUCUGCAGUAUCGAAGUUUGCCUCGCCCAUCAAAAUCUAGUGGCAGCGGGAUCCCUGGCAGGGGUGGCCACCGCUCCAGCACCAGCAGCAUCGACUCCAACGUCAGCAGCAAGUCUGCGGGUGCUGCUGCCACCAAACUGCGAGAGCCAAGCAAGAUUGGGUCCGGGCGGUCCAGCCCUGUCACCGUCAACCAGACAGACAAGGAAAAAGAGAAAGUGGCCGUGUCCGAUUCCGAGAGUGUUUCGCUAUCCAGUUCCCCCAAAUCCAGCCCAACAUCGGCGAGUGCCUCUGGCACGCCGGGACUUAGGCAGCCAGGAUCCAAAUACCCAGAUAUCGCGUCACCCACCUUUCGAAGGUUGUUUGGUGCCAAGGCAAGUGGUAAAGCUGCCUCUGCACCCAGUACUGAAGGUGUGAAACCCACAUCGGCAAUGCCCAGCCCUAGUACCACAUUGGCACGGCAAGGCAGCCUGGAAUCGCCAUCCUCGGGCACAGGCAGCAUGGGCAGUGCAGGUGGGCAAAGUGGUAGCAGCAGCCCCCUCUUCAGUAAACCUUCGGACUUAAAUGCAGAUGUUGUAAGCUUAAGUCACUCCUUGGCUUCCAGUCCCGCCUCAGUGCACUCUUUCACAUCAGGUGGUCUUGUGUGGGCUGCAAACCUGAGCAGCUCUUCAGCGGGCAGUAAGGACACACCAAGUUACCAGUCCAUGACUAGCCUUCACACCAGUUCCGAGUCUAUUGACCUUCCUCUUAGCCAUCAUGGCUCUCUCUCUGGACUGACAACAAGCACUCAGGAGGUUCAGAGCCUGCUCAUGAGGACUGGAAGCGUCAGAUCUACUCUUUCGGAAAGCAUGCAGCUUGACAGAAAUACACUACCCAAAAAGGGAUUAAGAUAUACUCCGUCAUCCCGGCAGACGAGUCAGGAGGAAGGCAAGGAAUGGCUGCGGUCCCAUUCAACUGGAGGCCUGCAAGACACUGGCAGUCAGUCCCCGCUUGUUUCUCCUUCAGCUAUGUCUUCAUCUGCAACUGGAAAAUAUCACUUUUCCAACCUGGUGAGUCCAACCAACCUAUCUCAGUUUAACCUUCCUGGACCCAGUAUGAUGCGUUCAAACAGCAUCCCUGCACAAGACACUUCGUUUGAUCUGUACGAUGACUCCCAACUGUGUGGCAGUGCUACAUCCUUAGAAGAGAGACCACGAGCGAUUAGUCAUUCAGGUUCAUUCAGAGAUAGCAUGGAAGAAGUACAUGGGUCCUCAUUAUCACUUGUCUCCAGCACAUCUUCUCUCUACUCUACGGCAGAAGAAAAGGCACAUUCAGAGCAAAUUCAGAAACUACGGAGAGAGCUGGUUGCAUCACAAGAGAAAGUUGCUACACUCACAUCUCAACUUUCAGCAAAUGCUCAUCUAGUAGCAGCUUUUGAAAAAAGCUUGGGAAAUAUGACCGGCCGAUUGCAAAGUCUAACAAUGACAGCUGAACAAAAGGAAUCUGAGCUUAUAGAGCUAAGGGAAACCAUUGAAAUGCUGAAAGCCCAGAAUUCUGCUGCACAAGCUGCUAUUCAAGGAGCCUUGAACGGUCCCGAUCAUACCCACAAAGAUUUACGUAUAAGACGGCAACAUUCUUCCGAAAGUGUUUCCAGCAUCAACAGUGCUACAAGCCAUUCAAGCAUCGGCAGUGGUAAUGACGCUGACUCCAAGAAAAAGAAGAAGAAAAACUGGGUGAACUCUAGAGGAAGUGAGCUAAGAAGCUCUUUCAAACAGGCCUUUGGAAAGAAGAAGUCCACCAAGCCUCCUUCCUCACAUUCAGACAUAGAAGAGCUGACAGACUCCUCUCUUCCUUCAUCACCCAAACUGCCCCACAGCUCAGGAGAGUGUGGGGCAACAUCAAUGAAACCAUCACAGUCAGCAUCUGCGUCAUCUCUAGUCUGCGCACCAAAGAAAAGCCAAAAUGGUCACGUGGUCUACAAGCAUAGAUCCCGGAUCUGUGAGUGCACAGAGGCAGAAGCUGAAAUUAUUCUUCAGCUAAAGAGCGAGCUGAGGGAGAAAGAGCUCAAAUUAACAGACAUUCGUCUUGAAGCCCUCAGCUCUGCACACCAUCUGGAUCAGAUUCGGGAAGCCAUGAACCGCAUGCAGAAUGAAAUUGAGAUCUUGAAAGCUGAAAAUGAUCGUUUAAAGGCAGAGACCGGAAAUACUGGAAAGCCUGCCCGGCCAUCAUCAGAGUCUUCAAGCAGCACAUCAUCUUCUUCAUCACGGCAGUCACUUGGACUUUCUCUGAACAAUUUAAACAUCACAGAAUCUGUUACAUCAGAUAUUUUGUUGGAUGAUGUCACUGAUGGAGCACUCCACAAAGAAGGUCAUAGUGUGAAAAUUUUAGUCACUAUAAACAAGGGCUAUAGUCGAGUCAAGGAUCAAAAACCACAUGCAUAUCUGAUUGGAUCAAUUGGUGUCAGCGGAAAAACAAAAUGGGACGUUUUAGAUGGUGUAAUCAGACGUCUCUUUAAGGAAUAUAUUUUCCGAGUGGAUCCAACUACUAGCCUGGGUUUAAGCUCUGACUGCAUUGCUAGCUAUUGCAUAGGGGAUGUAAUUAGAGCCCAUAGCCUAGAAGUGCCUGAACUGCUGCCUUGUGGAUACCUGGUUGGAGAUAACAACAUCAUCACUGUGAACCUGAAGGGAGUGGAAGAAAACAGUUUGGACAGUUUUGUGUUUGACACAUUAAUUCCUAAGCCAAUUACCCAGCGGUACUUUAAUUUACUGAUGGAGCAUCGCAGAAUUAUUCUGUCGGGACCCAGUGGCACAGGAAAGACCUAUUUAGCUAACAGGCUGGCUGAAUAUAUUAUAACUAAAUCUGGCAGAAAAAAAACUGAGGAUGCAAUUGCAACUUUUAACAUAGAUCACAAAUCAAGCAAGGAUCUGCGACAGUACCUAGCAAACCUAGCUGAGCAAUGCAGUGCUGACAACAAUGGUGCUGACCUCCCUGUGGUCAUAAUUCUUGAUAACCUCCACCACAUCAGUUCACUAAGUGACAUCUUCAAUGGUUUCCUCAACUGUAAAUAUAAUAAAUGUCCCUAUAUUAUUGGAACCAUGAACCAGGGAGUUUCUUCUUCACCAAAUCUGGAGCUGCAUCACAAUUUCAGGUGGGUGCUGUGUGCUAAUCACACAGAGCCUGUUAAAGGUUUCUUGGGCAGAUAUCUGAGAAGGAAACUGAUUGAGACUGAAAUAGAAAAGAACAUACGCAAUAAUGAGCUCAUCAAAAUCAUUGACUGGAUCCCCAAAACAUGGCAUCAUCUCAACAGCUUCCUAGAAACGCACAGCUCUUCAGAUGUAACCAUUGGUCCCCGCCUCUUCCUCCCUUGCCCCAUGGAUGUUGAUGGCUCCAGAGUGUGGUUCACAGACCUCUGGAACUAUUCCCUGGUGCCAUAUCUUCUGGAAGCUGUGAGAGAAGGACUUCAGAUGUACGGUAAGAGGGCACCCUGGGAGGAUCCCUCCAAGUGGGUAGCUGAUACCUAUCCAUGGAGCUCUGCAUCUCUACAGCAUGAGUGGCCAUCAUUACUUCAGUUAAGACCAGAAGAUGUUGGUUAUGAAGGUUAUGCAUCAGCAAAGGAAGGAACAACCUCGAAGCACAUUCCACAGACUGACGCAGAGGGUGAUCCCUUG